CUGCGCAUGCUCCCUGCAUCCUCUCCUCUGCCCUGCUCUCCAUCCCCACACACGGUCCAGGGACUUGAAGGAGCUCGGAUAAAGAUGCGCAUCGUCUCGGGUCGCCGGAGCCUUGUCACCUGGUGAAGUUGAGAUCGCAAACAGAGGAAGCGGCACAUCCAGCAGCAGAAGCAGCAGCAGCAGCAUCAGGACCUCCACCACAUCUCUCUCUCUCCUCUCUCUCUCUCUCUCUCUCUCGCCGACAUGGAGCUGAAGCGAUCUAUUUCGGACAACGAGCGCGCGCUCAGGAGCUACGGCGCCGUGUCGGAGACGGCGUGGACCACGGACAAAGGUCACUCAGACGUGUCCAUGGCAGAGAGCACCAUGUCUCCAGAUGAGAUCGAGGUGGAGAUGACUCGUAUCCAGCGCCUGCGGGAGGUCCUGGUGCGCCGGGAGUCAGAGCUGCGCUUCAUGAUGGAUGACAUUCAGCUCUGCAAAGACAUCAUGAGUUUAAAGCAGGAGCUGAGGCAGAUUGUCGCAGUACCAGAGAAAGAAAAAACAAAGAAGCACCGGCAGCGGGAAGAAGAGCUGAUCCUGAAGAUCCAUAAACUGGUGCAGAAGAGGGAUUUCCUUGUGGAUGAUGCUGAGGUGGAGCGAUUAAGGGAGCGAGAGGAGGACAAGGAUAUGGCAGAGUUCCUCAGACUGAAGCUGAUUCCUCUGGAGAAGAAGCUCAAAGACGCACAAAAUCCUCCAAAGCCUAAGAGACAAAUCCUUGAGCUGCCGCCCAACAAACCAUCCAUCACCAAGUCAGGAGUGGCCAUCAUUAAGGACUGCUGCGGAGCCACCCAGUGUGCCGUCAUGUAACCGACAAGAGACCUCUUAAUAACUCCGUUCACACGUCAGAAUAACACAUGUGCUUCACUUGACAUGCCAUACAUCACUUCCUGUGACUCAGAGAAGCCCAGUGUCUCCCCUGGACCCUGUUCAGGAGUCAGGUUUGUAGUUUUAAUACAGUUUCUGCCACAAAGGGGCAUCCAGAUGUUUGGAAACUUAUCCCUGAUCAGUACUCGAACAGCUCGUGAAAGUGCAGACUGCUUCAGCUGUGUAUGUGGAGUAAAGUAGAAAGAGAAAUGUGGGUAUUGUAAAUAAAAAAUGAAUGACCUUCCUUUAUAGGGUGGUGAUAGGGUCCAUGGUGAUGUAUCUGAUACACAGUACAUGUAGGUGGAGAACUACAAGCGAUGAGAGAAGUGUAAAUCCUGGGUUUCUCUGUGUGACUGGAAAAAAAAAUCCUGUUUUCAUCUCGUUUGAUAAUGGAUAUUUCUUCUUCCAUCUCAGCCACUUAACACUAACCUGACUAACCUGACUUUCAGGAGACAUACAACUUCACGUUUUCAUCAUUGUUACCAAGUGGGAGGAGCAAACCGUUCAUACAAACAAUGUGGCUGCAGAUUAAGUGAACGUGCAAAUGUAGACCAAGGUGUAAAUGCAGGAGAGUGGUGGAUGCUGUUUGGACUGUAGCUGACAAAUAUUUUUGUUUCAAUGCUUUGGCUCAAACAGCAGAAUAAUUCUCUGAACACUCAAUUCAGAUGAAACCAUCACACCACUGCAAACACAAUUGUGUUGUCCAAGCAACAUGAUGAGAAAAUGAACUAAACAUAAAAUAAACUUUGGCUAAACUGCAGGUGCAUCAUUAACAUCUUUAAAACUAAAUCAUCUGCAGCUCUUUUGUGUUCCUCAAAAAACCCAGCAGAGAUCACAUGAUCAAACCAAAGGUAUAUAGUGGUGUUAAAGUGGAACUAUGGUAUAUUUCAAUAUGGGCCCUAUUUGUGAUCAAUUUAAAAAAUACAUUUAACAAAAAUAAAUGGUAAAAAAACCUUUGGAAUCGGUCCAGUCAAUCGGCUUCGUUGCCAUGAACAUGGUUGCUACAAUGGAAUCUAAUGGGGCAACAGUGACAGUCCAAGAAAUGUCCAUGUAGUCGAAAGGAGUGACACUUCUCGUUGAGUGAGUCAUGUGUAAUGUUGCCAGACUCUUAG